AUGUUUGGGUUUCCUACAGAUUUAUUUGGUAUGGGUGGUGGUGGUGGAAAUAAUCGUCGACCGAAUAGUAAUUCGUUAGUACCACAUCAUCAAUCAUUAUUUGGAAAUUCUUUGAUGAUUCCAUCACCAUUUGGUGGUAUGAAUAAUAUAUUUGAUGAUUUUGGUAUUAAUUCUUCACCAUUUGCAAUGAUGGAUCGAAUGAUGCGUGCAACAACAAAUAAUUCAUUAUUUCUUGGAGGAAAUAACAGUACAAACGUUGCACCUAUGCAUUCAUUUACAUCAACAACAGUAAUGUCUUUUAAUGGAUCUGAUGGACGACCAAAAGUUUAUCAAGAAUCAACAUCACAUAGAAGAGGACCUGGAGGAAUUGAAGAAACACGUCAAGCUAUUCGUGAUAGUGAACGUGGAAUUAAUAAAGUACAAAUUGGUCAUCGAAUUGGUGAUCGUAAACACGUAAUUGAACGUGAAAUGAAUGUUGAAACAGGUCAGAUAUCUGAAAAUGUUGAACUUGAAAAUCUUGAUGAAGAAGAAACAGGUGAAUUUAAAAGAGAAUGGCGUGAACGCUCAGGUCGAGCUGGUCUUUCUCGUCAUUCACAUCAUCCUUAUCACCAUCAAAUUUCUUCAAAUCGUCCAUAUCAUGCAUCAUCAGGAUCACAACAACAACCACAAUUAGCACUUGAACAUGGUCCAACAUUAAAUCGACAUCAUCAAAAACCUGCAAAACAUAUUAAUAAUAAUUCAUCUCAACGACGACAAUUUCAUCAUUCAGAUACAAUUGAUUUAACUAAUGAUUCACCUAUAGUUGAAGAAGUAGAUGAAAUUGAACAGUUACCAUUACCACAAAUUUUACCAGUUAAACGUAAAGCAUCAUCAUCAUCAUCUUCAAGUGAUAAUAGAACUGCAAGUGUCAACAUGAGUUUUGGUUUUUUUCGAAAUUUUUUAUCGAAAAAAAAUCAACCACAAAUAUCAGAAAUAUCUACACCAAUAAGUGUAACUAAAAAUAUUCAUGUUUCAUAUGAUCCAAUUACAAAAACAUUUCAUGGCUUACCAACUGAAUGGGAAGACCAAGUUAAAAAUAUAUUUGCUCAUUCAAAACCCGAAGAUAAAGCUCAUGUCAUGACUUGCGCACUUAAAGUUAUUCAACAAACACUUCGUGAAAAUCGUAACCCAACGAAACAUAUGCGUAUUCAAGAUACAUUUCAUCCAGAUGGAAUAUCAUAUGAAUCAGGUGAUGAAUUUAGUGAAACAGAAAGUGAUCUAAGAUCAUCACAAGAAAGACUAAAUGGUAAUGGAUCAUUUUCAACACCUUCAAAAGAUCCUUUAAGAGAUACUCGUUCUGGAUCUAAAAAAUAUUCUCCAGCUAUUUCAUCUCCACAACUUAAUACAAAUAAAUUUCUUGAAGAUUUAAAACAUGCUACAUCAAUUCGUAAACAAAAGCGUGCUGAAAUAUCAAAUGGAAAAUCUGAUGAUGAAGAUCAUUCACCAGAAUCUGUCACGCCAGCGAAUUCUCGUCCUAGUACACCUGUUGAAAAUCGACUUCAAGAAGUUGGUGUUAAUAAUCUUGUCUAUUCAAUGACUCGUGAUACACUUACUAAUGAACAAAGUGAAAAUUUUCAAAAUAAUGAAAAUUUAAUGACACCAUCGUCAACAAAACGUUUACCUCCUCCUCCUAUCGGUUCAGUUGCUCCACCACCUAUACCGGUUCGUACUCACGCUAGUGAUAAUAUUACAGCAAUGAACAGUAAUAAUGAAAAAUCUCGUAAACAAUCAGAACAACCACCUGAAUUACCACCUAAAACAACUCGAGUCAUAGCUGCAGGAGGUAAAUUUUCAUCUCCACUUAAUCCUGUUCCAUCUACGCAAAAAAUAAAUCCAAUAAUCAAUAAAGAAAAUCAACAAGUAACAACAACAACAACAACAGAUCCUGAAGUUGUAUCAACUACGCAAGAUGUAAAGCUUAUACAACGAAAUAAAUCAAAAGCUAGUCGACGAAAAAUGACUGAAGAAGAAGCAAUUAAUGAACUUAAACCGGUUGCUGCUACAGAUGAUCCAAUGACAAGAUUUAUUAUAAAGAAAAAACUUGGCUCUGGAGCUGCUGGUGAUGUUGAUUUAGCACUUGAUACAGUAACAAAUACAAAAAUUGCUAUUAAACGAAUGCUUUGGUCUAAACAACCACGAAAAGAAUUGAUUGUUAGUGAAAUUCAUGUGAUGAAAAAUUUUCGAUUUCGUUCUAUUGUGAAUUUUCUUGAUUGUUAUUUAAGACCCAAUGAAUUAUGGAUUGUCAUGGAAUAUAUGAAUGGUGGUCAAUUAACACAAAUUGUUGAACAUACAAUAUUAGAUGAAGGUCAAAUGGCUGCUGUUACAAAAGAAUGUCUUGAAGCACUUCAAUUUCUUCAUAGUAAAAACAUUAUUCAUCGUGAUGUUAAAUCAGACAAUGUACUUGUCGGAUUCGAUGGUUCAGUUAAAUUAACUGAUUUUGGAUUUUGUGCUCAAUUAGCAAAUACAGAAAGUUUACGAACAACAAUGGUAGGAACACCUUAUUGGAUGUCACCAGAAGUGAUAAAAAAACUUAAAUACGAUCGAAAAGUUGAUAUUUGGUCUUUGGGUAUCUUACUGAUUGAAAUGAUUGAUGGUUCACCUCCGUAUAUAAAUGAACAACCAUUUCGUGCUAUGUGCAAAAUAGCGAUGCAAGACGAACCACCAACAAUAACACCUGAUUCACAACAACGUAUAUCAUCUGAUGUAAUGAAUUUUCUUAAACGUUGUUUAACAAUUGAUCCUACACUACGUGCGGAUACAAAUGAACUUCUUGAACAUUCAUUUAUAAAACGAGCAAAACCACUUUCAUCACUUUGCCCAAAUAUCAAAGCUGUUUGCAAAACUGAUACCGAUUAA